AUGUCUCAAUAUAUUUGCUAUAACAGCUCGGGGCCAGCGAUCAGCGCCGAGUUGAGAAGCGGGCAAUUUGAUGUGAAAAAGAUGGCCUACGAGACGAUAACAUGUCGAAUGUCUCGAAGUGAUCCCUCGAUUCCAUGGGGUUUCACUGUGCGAUCACAGGGAAACGAAGUACAAAUCGCUAGUAUCAAUGUCGAUUCUUUAGCUGAUAAAGCUGGCCUCAAGCAUGGCGAUAUCGUUGAUCAGGUAAGCGGUCGUCGCUGCACGGGAGUCGCCGACGUUCAGCGGGAAAUCGAUGGGAGAACGAUGGAGAUGAGUAUGAAUUUGAGGAGAUUCAUGUCCCAUCCACCAGCACUCCCUUGGUCACUCCAAGAAGGAGCCGAUAACAAGCUUCAUGUGCAAGGAUUUGGAUCGAAUUUUGACAAUGGCAACACUACCGCUGUCUCAGCCUCUUCAAAAUCGUCGUGGGAAAAUCCUGCCUAUAAAACAAACCCGGCCUCUGAAAACUAUUCAACUCGAUACGAGACAACAAACUCGAGCUUCUCCGAGUCGAAGAAUAACUCGGGAGGAAAUGCGAUUUCGGCAACUCCAAUCGCUCUUCCACCGCCUUCAUCUGGUCCGUACACUUAUCAACAUCACGAAGCUUCGAAAUCGGAAAGCAAGACUUCAUCCGGACCAGGAGUCAACCCAGCGGACAACUACAAUGUGUCGAGUCGGAGUGAAUGGAGUUCCGGAAACCCGCCAGCUGGCUUUGAUUUUAAAAACUCAAUGAGCACUUCUGGGCCAGGCUCCAAUCCAGCUGACAACUACAACGUGUCCAGCUCAUCGAAUUGGACCAACACAUCUGGCAACCCACCACCGAAUUUCAACCCGAAUGCUCCAUUUCCAGCGUUGACCACAGCUCCAUUUGGUAGCUCGACUACUGGGGGAUUCAGCAAUCAAACCACGCGACCAUAUGACUCGGGAUUCGGCGCUAGUGGAGGCGGUUUUGGAUCGGGCGCAGGAUCCGGGCAAGGCCGUGCUCCAGGUGGUCAAGGCGCUCCGCACGGAGGAGCUCCGUACGGAGGAUCUCCCUACAUUGGCGGUGGUUAUGGAGGUGGAUCGGGAGUACCGGGAGGACAGGGAACUGGUAGUGGACGAAGAGCUCAAUUUGCUCCCGACGUGAACUACAACGACCAGAGCUACAUCCAGCGAGGCGGCGCUGGUCAGCCGUCGCCUUUUCAAAAAGCUCGCUCGCUGUCUCCUGCCUCAAAACUGCUCUAUCACGGCUCGCCGCGAACUCGAAAGGAGCUCUCUCCCGGGGCCUCCGUUCAUCAUUUGCAAUACAAUUCACCGAUGAACCUCUACUCGACUCAAUCGGCUGCCGAGCAAUUCUCCCAACAAACCGGACUGCCUGUUGGUCAAUAUCCCCAUUCCGGCGCUCCAUACCUCAGCUCGGCCACUCGACAGGCGAUCGCUGAAGAGGAAGGAGCUCGUUUUGCUCGUGGCACUUCCCCAACUUGUUCCCCAUGCUUCAAACGGAUCAGCAACGCUGUCGGAACCCCGGUGAAC